AUGAGUGGAGGGCACAGCAGCAGCGCGACCUUGUAUGCGUAUAAAGGAGAAGCUUCAACAGCCCGAUAUUUGAGUUCAAGUUCAGCUUGUUUAAAACAAACCUUGAUUUUCCCACAGUAUUCUUUCAAAUUUUUUGUGUUUCCUUUUCGUCGUCACUAUGCUGUGAAGUCUGAAAAUGGAAAAAGCAGCAUCGAUGAACUUGACCUUGAGGGCAAUCUUAAUAUUUAUUCAAGUGAGAAAUCGCCGAGUAUCAAUGAUGAUACCACGCAAAACCAAAAUUUAUUGGGAUCACAUGACCAAAUUAUUUUUGAAAGUUUUUCCACAUAUAUUCAGAAAAGAGAUCAUGAAGGAGCAGAUAAGUUACUAAGAGCCAAUAAUAUAAGAAUGAGUUCCAGUCAGAUACCGGAAUUUUUGGAAAAUUUGAAACCGUUUCUACCCAACCCCGAAUUACUAAAGACUGCAAAUUCGAUAUUAUUAGAAUCUUUAUACCCGUUACGUAUAGAUAUGAUACAUGUGCAAGAACUUUGGAAAAACAUGGAGUACCAAAAGAUUAUUGAGAUCUAUCAAAGCAAACUCAAAGCAACUAAAACUCCAUUAUCAGAUACUCAUUUGUUAGUUACACUUGCAGCAUUUGUAAGAAACAAAGAUUUGAAAGGCGCUCACGGAUUUAUCAAAGAACAAAACAUUAAUGCGGGUGAAAUUGACCAAUUGAUAUAUCUUAGUCUCUCAAACUAUCUGAACCCAUCAGAACUAGAAAAUUUGAAAAGAUUUAUCACAAACAUCGCAAGAGAAGCGGUCACUAAACUUAUGCCAAACACAGCAGAGUUUUCUUUUAAGCUGUCGCGUGUAUUCAGAGCUAAUAACUGGCAAUUAGCAUUAAAUAUUUAUAACGACCUCGUUAAAGAUGGGACUAAAUUGAAUGAACUCACUUACGCUACUUUUCUUAAAGGGUUUUUGUCGAUUGAUCGGUUCGACGAAGCGAUGAUGAUCUGGAAAGAUUUGGUGGAUUCCGGGCAAAAACCCAGUGCAAUUUUGUAUAAUGCCGUGAUUAUAGGUUUUGCGAGACGAAGAAACCUCCCAAUUGUUGAAAAAUUAUGGGACAGUAUGUUGAAAGAUAAUAUUAAACCGGACGCGCACUCAUAUUCUGCAAUGAUUGAAUGCUACUUUCGAAGUCGAGAAACUAAGAAAGCGGCUGUACUUUAUUUGCAAAUGUCUAAAGCGAAAAUUCAAAUGGACAUUUAUGGUUAUAAUCGAAUUAUCAAUGGACUACUUUGGAAUAAUCUACCAGACACCGCUUUAGAUCUGUACAAAGCAAUGAAAAAAGGAUCUGUACCACCAAACAUAGUCACUUACAAUACUUUAAUUCGUGGUCUAAUGUACUCCAAAAGAUGGCUUGAUCUAAUCGAUGUCAUAAAAGAUAUGCGGAACGCUAAACACACAGUGGACGCUGUUACGUUAACCACAUUUCUCGAAAGAUUUUUCGGUAUAAAUGAUAUUGAGAGCGCGAAAAGUAUAAUACCAUUGUUUUCUUUGGCUGGUAUUCAGCCUAACGCGACCACUUAUGGCGCGUUAAUCAGUGGCCUUAUACGAUGUCAGGAUUUUGAUGGCGCUCAACAAGCACUCGAAGAAAUGGUUAAACAAGGACUGUACCCCGGAAUUCAAAUAAUAUCAAAUAUGAUACAGGCUCUAAUAUCCCGAGGAAAAAUCAAUAUCGCUGAAGAAUUGUAUAAUUCGCUGCAGUUGACACCAAACACUCCCUUACUAAAUAUCAUGAUUAGUGGAUACAUGGAUGUUGGGGAUCCGAAAAAGGCCAUGGUCUAUUUCAACAACAUGUUAAAGUUGCAUAUGAAACCCACAAAAGACACUUAUUUUAUUGUGCUUAACGGAUUGAUGAUGUAUAAUGAAUGGGAGAUGGCGUAUAAAAUUUAUGAUCAGAUGAUUGAAGACGGGUUCAUAGUUGAAACGGGCGCGUUAUCACGAUUAUGUGAAUAUUUAUCGAAUCGUAGAAAAAUGCAAAAUGUGAAUUGA